UCCAAGCUCACACAGCUUUCAUAUGCAGAGCUCCUCACUCCCGCACAGAUUUUUUCCCCAGACAGUUUUCCCUCACUCAGUUUAUAUCCACAGAGCCCUCACAGAUUAGCCCAUGUGACAAGUAAGAUGAUAAUGUAGAGGGAGAAUUUACAUUCCACGAUCGGAAUCAUUCUGUGUACGGAACAGAAACCGACUUCCUGUUAGAACCGGAAGUCCUGUGAGGAGGAGACGCGCGAGAUGGUGACUCACUUAACAUGAUACAGCAGCAGCAGCAGUGUCUGUCGCCCGAUUGUCUGUUUUCUAAAGUUUACUACAGACCAUGGAGAGGGAUAUUACCAAGUUGCUGUAUGCUUCUGAUUAUCUGGCUUUUUAGAAAGUACAAUUCUCUGGCACAGAGGUUGAUUCUGAGCUUGUCCUUGGCUGCUUUUUUUGACAGUAUUGCUUAUGUUAUGGGCGAAGUUUUACCUGAUGGGGUUCUUUGCAAUUUCCAAGCCUGGUGGCUAACAUAUUUUGACUGGUGUGCCCUUGCAUGGGUGUGCUGUAUUACACUGAAUCUCUACUUGAUUGUAGUCAAAGAAAUAAGAACUGAUCGGCUUGAGUUAGCAUAUCAUUGUGCUGCCUGGGGAGUACCAUUUAUGCUUUCAUGCUUGCCACUUUUUGGGGACUAUUAUGGGCCAGCUGGAGCCUGGUGCUGGAUAACAGAUGAACAUGUUGCUUGGAGAUUUAUUAUAUGGUAUAUUCCAUUGUUCACCUUGAUAUUCCUGAUGAUGCUAUGCUAUCUGCGGAUAAUCUACGUUGCAAAGCAAAGGGUAACAACCUGGUCUGGAACAUAUGAGCCAAGUAGAGAAAGGCGCAAGGUUGUGAUGGCAGAAGAGAUUAAACCUCUUAAAUGGUACCCGUGUGUCUAUCUUGCAGUAUCUCUCUUUCCCCUCUUAAACAGGAUACAUAAUGCCAUAUUUCCAAGUCAGCCAGUUUUCAUACUCACUCUACUGCAUGUUAUUAGUGCGCCACUUCAUGGACUGGCCAAUGCUUUUGUUUUUGGACUGGAUAAAGAAACAUGGGGCCAGCUGACUAUAACUUCACUACAGGAGACACUGCGCUGUUUGUCUGGAUUUCCCGAGCUGCGACAGGAGCAGGGGGAGCGGAUUCCUCUUCAGCUUUGUUAGGCUUAGCAGCCAUCUCUCCACAUGGGAGCAUUUCAAACGAACCGUGAAGGAAGGAAACAACCGCUUCCCAAAGACUCGGUCUCUGAACCUGAACAUUGUCGUUUGUCCUGGUUUCAAAAUACCUCCUCUAAAUGUACCGUCAAAGAGAGUGGAAAAUAAACGUUUAGCUACCAAAAGAGAAUAAGCAUAGGGAGCUAAGAAAGGGGAACAUAGAAGAAAUAUAAAUACUAAACGGGGGCAGAGAAAACUGGUAAUUUUAGGUCACAAUUUGCCCUACUUUGGAAAAGCCUCCUGGUGUUUGAGAUGCCUUAUGUGAGCAGAUAAACAGUUCAAUUUCAUAAGGGUAACUGACAUCAAACACAGUUGUAAGAUCUGAUGCUCUCAAACCAAUGACCAAAAAGUGAUUGUAUGGAGCAAUGCACUUAAAGGUGCAAAGAUUACUACAGGUCUAGUAAGCCAUUUAAACCAGGGCCUAAACUAAUGGUAAGCAAAAGAGCCACGUGCCUAGGUCGUAAUGGUGGGGGUAGGCACUAGGACACUAUGCACCCACAUCUCCUGCCUCCUCUAACACUCCCUGCACAUUACUAGCGGUGAGUCUAGAGAGUGGGAGGAGAGAGGAUCUGGUAAAUGGGGAGUGGCAAGGACCAGUGGGUACCAGUGGCAGUGGCUAGCGGGGUUAAUACUAGAGAGAGAAAUGCUGCCAAGCAGAGGGGAGAAUAGCUAGAUGAUACGGUUGCCACCUUGGCUCAGUGGGUGAUGUGAGGGGGCAUGACAGUGAUGUUUUUGGGUGGGCUAUUGGGGGCAUGGUCGUCUGGUUUUUCAACAGAUAUGAACCUGGCAAGAGGUUUUGAACCAGACAGACCCUGCAUUAACUGUGCUGUCAGGGUCAAAAACAGACAGUUUGGGAGAAGGGACCAGGGGCUUACUUUGGGGCCUUUCUGAGUUUGUCUGGCUUUGAUUUAAAGACAAACAUUUGAGUUACUAGACCUCAGCAAACUUUGCAUUUUUUAUUUCAUGCUCCCUAGUGUAUGUUUUUCUUGUUGUCAGCGUUAAGGGUAUGGGACAUAAUUAUAAUUUUGCUCUUUUCUCCCUCCGCCCCAAGGUUUUCUGAAUGGCAUUCUUUUGUUGUCAAUGCUUGACAAAGGGGUUUUUAUUCCCCGAAACGUUGCAUUGCACUCCGCUUUUGAAAUAAAAAUU